AUGAAGCAAUCAAAGGCGUGGGAGCUUCUCGGUGCCCUAAUCAUUCCUCUCCUGACCGUCCAGGCCUCCCGCCCACGUGGUGUGGCACCUGAAUUUGCAAAGUACUUCAAAUCCGAGACGACGUUUAGCUGUAUUCUAAAUCCCUCCAUUUCCAUAAAAUCGCAUCAGGUUAAUGAUGACUACUGUGACUGUCCUGAUGGUUCAGAUGAGCCAGGCACUGCAGCUUGCACUGUCAUCACAGCAUUGUCUCCACUUCGCCUUGCGACUUCUAAUUCUCUAAAUUCUACGCUAGCCUUGCCAGGAUUCUACUGCAAAAAUAAGGGUCAUCGACCGGCAAACCUAGCCCACACUUUGGUAAAUGACGGCGUAUGCGAUUACGAGACAUGUUGUGAUGGUAGUGAUGAGUGGGCAGGCGUCGGUGGAGUGAAUUGUGUCGAUCGCUGUGAAGAGAUCGGGAAUGAAUGGCGACGACUAGAUGCUAUUAAGCAAAAAAGCUUGCGAAACGCACUUCAGAAACGGGUUUUGCUGGUUAAUGAAGCUACGGCUUUGAGAGCUAGCACUGAGACUCGCAUCAAUGAGCUGGAGCUGGAAAUUGCAUCAAAAGAAACAAACACCUCAAACCUGAAAAAGAAACUAGAGGACCUGGAACGUCGGGACCGCAGCCGUGCCAUCAAAAAGUCUGACAAAGUGAGCAAAGCCGCACGAUUAGCCGCGCUGGCUAAGGAAAGGGUAGAAAAACUGAGACAUGCACUAUUGGGCAUGGUCAUCCGGAGAGACGCGUUAACUGAGCGAAUUCACAAUCUGGAGUCUAUUCUUACUUCCCUAAAAGAAGAAUAUAAUCCUAACUUUAACGAUGAUGGUGUCAAACGUGCGGUUAAGAAGUGGGAGGAUUAUGCAGCUGCUGAGAUUGCAGACAGGGAUGAAGCUUCGGAAGCCGAAGAUAAAGAAAUGGACCAAGUACUGAAGGAAGACAGUGCAGAACACGGAAUUCACUGGGAGGAAUGGGAGAUUGAAGAGGACGAAAUCGAUUCUAUAUCUACUUUCCUCCUUGAAUGGUCGCGAACUAAACUAUAUGACCUGCGAUCUUACCUUUCUAGCAAGGGUAUUCUCCCAGCUGUCAAUCUCGAAGCAUCGGAGAGUAAAGCAGUUGAAAAUGCCAGAAAAAUAUUUCAAGCCGCUGCAGAUGAACUGAGUGAAGAGCAGUUUUCCCUUGGAAAAGAACAAGCUGAUCUCACAAAAGAUUAUGGCAUUGAUGAAGUUUUUCGAGCGCUCAAGGGUCGGUGUAUUGAGUCUGGUUCAGGCGAGUACAGAUACGAGCUCUGCUGGCUUGGAGAAGCCAAGCAGAAAAGUAACAAGGGUGGUUCCCAAACUGGAAUUGGUACUUUUACACGAUUUGAGAAGAUGGUUGUUGAUGAAGAGAUGAGCAUUGAUGGAAAGGGACUCGGUAAGGGCGAACGGUUAGUGUUAAAAUACGAAAAUGGGCAGGGCUGCUGGAAUGGCCCAAGUCGUCAGACCACAGUCAUUCUUGGCUGUGCAGAAAACGAUGAGAUCUGGAAGGUCUACGAAGCAGAAAAGUGCAUGUACCGUAUGCAUGUGGGAACACCGGCUGUAUGUGGCUCUAUUGAUGCAAAGAAGUGA